GUCUCUCUCGUAGAUUUGUAUCAUUGAUUCCAAAAGCAUAUACUAUCUAGCAUGAUGUGAGUGUUAUUGUUCCUUUAAUUAGACUCGAUACAUUCCUUUAAUUAGACUUGGUCAUAAUUAAAGGAAUAAUAACACUCUGUGAUAUAUGAAAAGCAUAUAAAUGGUAUUAAGUAAGAAUCGAACCUGUGACCUUUAAGAAGUUAAGCUGGCUUGGAAAGGUGUAUGAGGUGGUCGUCCACUAAUUAGAUUCAGAGAGUCAGGACUUGAUCCAACGAUUAACGCAAAAUCAUUUGCACGUUCUACGCAACUCCAUAAUUUCAAUUCCUCUCGACGUUUCACGGCGAAGCUUCAGAUCUACUUUUCCCCAGCUCAGUAUGGAGACGGUUGAUUCUCGGAACAAAUUGCAUUCCCGGUUACGUUUAUGGGAAUUCCCCGAUCAGUACAUCAUCGAGCCAGCUGAUGGCUCAGGCUCUUCAUGUUUGGAUAUUAGUCGUGUUGAUGCUUCCAUGAAGCUCAUCGAUCAAGUCCCAGAAAGCAAUUCCGUGCGUGUCCCUAAAAUCCGUUCCAUUUUUGGUGUGGUUGGGAUGUUGAAGCUCCUUGCAGGAUCAUACUUGGUGGUUGUAACUGAGAGUGAACGUGUUGGAUCGUUUCUGGGGCAUCCUAUAUUCAAAGUUACAACGCUUAAGGUUCUUCCUUGUGAUCAUUCACUUAAAAACUCGCCUGAAGAACAGAAAAAGAUGGAGACCGAGUUCUCCAAGCUCUUAAGUGUAGCAGAAAAGACAACUGGUCUCUAUUUCUCAUAUGAAGUUAACUUAACAUUGAGCUCACAACGCUUGCAUGAAAUGGGUGAUGAGUCUAAGUCACUUCCUCUGUGGAGACAGGCUGAACCGAGGUUUCUUUGGAACAAUUACAUGUUGGAAGUUCUCAUCGAUAAUAAGCUUGAUCAGUUCUUGCUUCCAGUAAUUCAAGGGAGCUUUAAUAGCUUUGAAACAGCCAUUGGAAGAGAUAUUGUUGACAUUACUCUGAUUGCUAGGAGAUGCACUAGGAGAAACGGUACACGUAUGUGGAGAAGAGGAGCGGAUCUUGAUGGCUAUGUUGCUAAUUUUGUGGAGACUGAGCAAAUUGUACAGAUGAAUGGGUAUACGUCAUCAUUUGUUCAGGUCAGAGGAUCCAUGCCUUUUAUGUGGGAGCAGGUUGUAGAUCUGACUUACAAGCCCAAGUUUGAAAUUGUCCAACCUGAAGAAGCUAAACGGAUAGCUGAGCGUCACUUUUUGGACCUUAGGAAAAAAUAUGGAUCAGUUUUGGCAGUUGAUCUCGUUAACAAGCAAGGCGGUGAGGGGCGCUUAUGCGAGAAGUAUGCUACUGUUAUGCAACACAUUACUGGGGAUGAUAUAAGGUACCUGCACUUUGAUUUCCAUCAAAUUUGUGGGCAUAUUCAUUUUGAGCGCUUAUCAAUUCUGUACGAGCAGAUCGAGGGUUUUCUCGAAAAGAAUGGGUACUUUCUGUUGAAUGAAAAGGGUGAGAAAAUGAAGGAGCAGCUUGGUGUUGUCCGAUCAAACUGCAUAGAUUGCUUAGACCGUACAAAUGUUACCCAGAGCAUGAUAGGUCGAAAGAUGUUAGAAGUUCAACUCAAAAGGAUUGGAGUUUUUGGCGCUGAAGAAACCAUAAGCUCACAUCUGAAUUUUGACGAACACUAUAAAAUAUUAUGGGCUAAUCAUGGUGAUGAAAUCAGCAUUCAGUACUCUGGUACUCCUGCACUUAAAGGAGAUUUCGUUAGGUAUGGGCAUCGGACUGCCCAUGGUGUCCUUAAAGAUGGUUGGAGCUCCCUCAGACGCUAUUACCUGAAUAACUUUGCUGAUGGAACUAAGCAGGAUGCAAUUGAUCUCUUGCAAGGGCACUACAUAGUUGCUGUGAGCCGAGACAUGGCUCCUGUACCUCAAAAGGGAGGCCUUGAGGCUGUAGCCAACUUCCCAGUGGCAUUGUUCGUGGUUCUGAUGAGUUUCUGGUUUGCAACAAUGUCUCUAAAACAAACUGGGAGUGAUUAUAAGCAUAAGCACUUGUUCUUCUCAUUGUUGUGGACGGGAAUUUGCGUGGGCAUGGCUGCACUGGUGAGGGCCAAUGGCAGGAUCUUCUGUAACCGACCUCGUCUGCACAAGCCCAGAGGCUGAUUCAUUUCGUGAGAUCAAUUAAUUAAAGACAUGGAACUCAAGUCGGAGACAAAAGUUUUCUCCCUUCGAUUGUUUUAUUUUAUUGUAUCAAAAUUGGACCUUGUGACACCAUCUAGAGGCAAUUGUCUCAGGUUUGGAUCCCUCAUGAUUUAAUACUCCCACAGCCAUCAAAUGACUCGAUACAGUUACACAUCUUUCUUCAUGUUCAUUCUAUGAUUACUCGGUCCGACAAAUGGCUUUCUAAAUCCCUACUUCUUGUUGAGUGAUUCCAUUGUAGAAUUCAUCAUGAGGCAUG